GACGAUCCUCACAGUUUGUUUUUGUUUCCCACAACCACAACAAUUUUACAACAUGCUGACCUUUGAGGAGAUCGUUGAGAAGGCCAAGUCCCUGAAGAACCCCCCAACCAAGGCGGAUUUCCUGGAGUUCUAUGGCUACUACAAGCAGGCCACCGUCGGCGACUGCAACAUCGAGGAGCCCGAGGAUGAGGAGAAGAAGGCUCGCUACAACGCCUGGAAGAGCAAGGCUGGUCUGACCAUCGACGAUGCCAAGGCAUACUAUAUCGAGGUUUACAAGAAGUACGCUGCCCAAUCCGAAUAAGCUGUGCAUUUUUGUAUACGUAGCUGUAGACCUAUUAUUUUUUGUGACCUUUUCUACUGAGUUUCCCCUUCUACUGGAUGCAUCUGAAUCAUUGUUGAAGAGUUAUGUAUUUAUUGUAAUGUCAUUUUGGAAUAAACCAAACAAACGCCCAUGCAUUUAAAAUA